AUGCUAAGAUACCCGCAACCUUUGGGAUGUAUGCGUGGUGGAGAGGGGCUCAGUGAUAUGAGAUCACUUCUUUUAAGGGAAACUGUCAUUAAUGAGUCAAGAAACUGCUCAUUUAUGAUAAUUAGCACCAUGGAGCCUCAGGUGUCGAAUGGCCCUACUUCCAAUACAACCAAUGGACCCUCCAGCAACAGUAGAAACUGCCCUUCCCCCAUGCAGACAGGAGCUGCUACAGAUGACAGCAAAACCAACCUCAUAGUCAACUACUUACCCCAGAACAUGACCCAGGAGGAGUUCAGGAGUCUCUUUGGGAGCAUUGGUGAAAUCGAAUCCUGCAAGCUCGUGAGAGACAAAAUUACAGGGCAGAGUUUAGGGUAUGGAUUCGUUAACUAUAUUGAUCCAAAGGAUGCAGAGAAAGCCAUUAACACAUUAAAUGGACUCAGACUCCAGACCAAAACCAUAAAGGUGUCAUAUGCCCGUCCAAGUUCAGCAUCUAUCAGAGAUGCAAACUUGUAUGUCAGCGGCCUUCCGAAAACAAUGACCCAGAAAGAAUUAGAGCAGUUAUUCUCACAAUACGGGCGCAUCAUCACCUCACGGAUUCUGGUUGAUCAAGUCACAGGGGUUUCUCGAGGUGUGGGAUUUAUCCGUUUUGAUAAGAGAAUAGAGGCAGAAGAAGCCAUAAAGGGACUAAAUGGCCAGAAGCCUAGUGGUGCUACAGAACCAAUUACUGUGAAGUUUGCCAAUAACCCCAGCCAGAAAACAAGCCAGGCACUCCUUUCACAGCUGUAUCAGUCUCCCAACAGACGCUACCCUGGACCACUUCACCACCAGGCUCAGAGAUUCAGGCUGGACAAUUUGCUUAAUAUGGCCUAUGGCGUAAAGAGACCCCUCUUUUUACUUGGUAGGUUUUCUCCGAUCACAAUUGAUGGUAUGACGAGCCUUGUGGGAAUGAAUAUCCCUGGUCACACCGGGACUGGAUGGUGCAUCUUUGUCUACAACUUGUCUCCCGACUCAGACGAGAGCGUGCUGUGGCAGUUGUUUGGUCCCUUUGGAGCAGUCAAUAAUGUCAAGGUGAUCCGUGAUUUCAACACCAACAAGUGCAAGGGAUUUGGCUUUGUCACCAUGACCAACUACGACGAAGCUGCCAUGGCGAUUGCCAGCCUUAAUGGAUACCGUUUAGGAGACAGAGUAUUGCAAGUUUCCUUUAAAACCAAUAAAACCCACAAAUCCUGA